AUGCAUAUCCUUGUAGUCAACGACGACGGUCCGCCGUCAUCUCAAUCCUCGCCGUAUAUUCAUUCCCUCGUCCAUACGCUUCAAUCCUCAGGCCAUGUAGUAUCUGUCGUACUACCGCAUAGACAGAGAUCAUGGAUUGGCAAAGCCCAUCUUGUUGGGGCCACCGUCAAACCGACGUACUUUCACCCCGGUACCCUCUUCCAGGACGAUGGCACAGUUCACCCACUACCACGCAGCGAAGAGCGAGAAAUCAGUGAAGGCGACGAGUGGGUUCUCAUUGACUCGACACCAGCUAGUUGCGUCCAAAUCGGGUUGUUCCACUACUUUCAAGAUCGAGGACCAGUAGAUCUGGUAAUAUCCGGGCCAAAUUAUGGGAGGAACUCAACAGCGGUCUUCUCUCUUUCUAGCGGCACAAUUGGCGGAGCAAUGGAGGCUGCAGUUUGCGGAUAUAAAUCAAUUGCUCUCUCGUUUGCCUUCAGCUCACGCGAUCAUGACCCCGUCGUCAUCUCAGAAGCCGCGAAUCACUCUGUUCGGUUGAUAGACUAUAUUUAUAAGAAUUGGGCAGACGGAGUCGACCUCUACAGCAUAAACGUCCCUCUUGAGCCGGGAGUUGGGUCUGCGAAGAUAUUAUAUACACACAUUUUAGACAAUCGUUGGUCAGGGAGUUGCUUCGAAGCAAUUGAUGCUGAGAUGAGCGGCGAGGAUCCAGGAUUACAGGAAUACUUGCUUAGACAGAAAGAGGAAGGGAGUGCCGCAAACGGGGAGGCUUCCGGCCCCUCGACUGCAAGAUUCCAACACAAACAUUUCAAAUGGGCCCCAAAAUUCGGCGAUGUCUACAAGAGUGAACAAACUAGUCCUCCAGGGAAUGAUGGUUGGGCGGUUAGGUCCGGAUUCACAAGCCUGCUUCAGAAUCAUUUCAAGCCUACUAUAGACUUUGAACUGGAUUACGCCGAGUUCCUCGACGAGGCUUUACUUGAAGCUUACGAGCUACGUGAGAGUCUAGAUGCCAACGAAGGGAAAGAAGACUGCGAUAAGGAAUGGUGGAUUUUAAAACCCAGCAUGAGCGAUCGUGCGCAGGGAAUUCGCCUAUUUAAUAGCGAAUCAUCUCUUCAACAAAUAUUCGAAGAAUGGGAACCGGAGGAUACAGAUUCAGAGGGAAGCACGGAGGACGCCACUUCUGGCCCGGACGCAGAUGGUAAGGUAGAUACCGGGAUUGUUACUUCACAGCUACGACAUUUUGUUGCUCAACCAUAUAUUCUUCGGCCCCUUUUACUACCAUCAACCUCAAACAGGAAAUUCCACAUUCGUGUGUACGUUUUGGCUGUUGGUAGCCUUAAAGUCUACGUCUAUAGAGAGAUGCUAGCACUUUUUGCGGACAAAUCCUACGUCCCUCCAUGGGAAAAGGAGGACGACGAAGAGGACGAAGCAACUUAUCUCAGUCGCCACCUAACAAAUACCUGUCUCCAGUCUGAUACCACUGGUUCCGAUGCCGCCCCUGAAAAUGUUCAGAGGUUUUGGCGUUUGGAUGACGCGGGUGCUUCUGUGCAACCAGGGUGGAAAGAACGCGUAUACGAACAAAUUUGCACUGUGACUGGUGAAGUCUUCGAGGCUGCUGCGAGGGGUAUGAUGGUCCAUUAUCAAACGCUACCCAAUGCGUUUGAAGUGUUUGGGGUGGAUUAUCUAGUCGACGAAACGGGCAAUGCAUGGCUGCUUGAACUCAAUGCAUUUCCUGAUUUCCGGCAAACCGGAGACGAGCUGAAAUGCGAGGUCGUUGGCAAGCUGUUUGACGAGGUUGUAGAGAUAGCAGUGAAGCCGUUCUUCCGCCCUACUGAGAAAGGCAAUGCUGCAGACGACCAGGCUAAUUUUAGAUUCCGAUUGGUGGCUAAUAUCGACAUGGGAAUCAAAUGA